CAUCGAAUAUCUAGAUAUCUCUAGACACAUCUGAUCAUUUUGUACAAAAGUACCGGUGUAAUACUCUCUUUAAUGGCAUAUCUUUAAAUUUAAUCUAUAUAAAAGACAUAAAUUAAAACUAGAAAAAUGACAGCAUUUGAAGAAAUGGGUGUCUUGCCUGAAAUUGGAAAGGCAGUUGAUGAAAUGGAAUGGACAUUACCAACUGAUGUCCAAGCUGAAGCAGUUCCAUUAAUUUUGGGUGGUGGAGAUGUAUUAAUGGCUGCAGAAACUGGUAGUGGAAAAACUGGUGCAUUUUGUUUACCAGUUUUGCAAAUUGUAUGGGAAACUCUAAAAGAUUUUGAGUCUGGUAAAAUGAGCAGUAGUUCUAGUGGCCAUCAUCAACCUUCUGCACAUUGGGCAUUAAGUUUAUUUGAUAGAGGUAGAGCAUUAGCUGUAACUCCUGAUGGUUUAAGAUGUCAAAGUCGUGAACAGAAAGAAUGGCAUGGUUGUAGAGCAAACAAAGGAAUUCAAGGAAAAAAUAAAUAUUUUUUUGAAGCUAUAGUAACUGAUGAAGGAUUAUGUCGUGUAGGCUGGUCUACAUCUCAAGCUUCACUAGAUUUAGGAACAGAUAAAUUUGGUUUUGGUUAUGGUGGAACUGGUAAAAAAUCAAAUGCAAAACAGUUUGAUAAUUAUGGAAAAUCUUUUGGAAUGCAUGAUGUAAUUGGAUGUCUUCUGAACUUAUCAAAAGGUGAAAUUAGUUUCACAUUAAAUGGAGCAGAUUUAGGCCCAGCAUUUACAUUAAACGCACAACAAAAGUCACAGACUUUUUAUCCAGCUGUAGUAUUAAAAAAUGCAGAAAUGUCAUUCAAUUUUGGAGCACAACCAUUUAAAUAUCCUCCUCCAAAUGAUUAUAUAGCUGUUGCUUCGGCACCUAAAGAAGCUAUAAGAGAGAAUUCUAUAAAUAGUAACCAAACUCAAAGCAAAGAAAAUGGCAAACCUAAAUGUAAUGCUCCUCAAGCUAUAAUUAUGGAACCUUCAAGAGAACUUGCAGAACAAACCUACAAUCAAAUACAAAAAUUUAAAAAAUAUUUGAAAGAUCCAGUUAUUAGAGAAUUGUUAGUUAUUGGCGGAGUUAGUGUAAAAGAGCAAAUUUCUGUAUUAAAUUCAGGUGUAGAUAUAAUAGUUGGAACACCAGGACGUCUAGAAGAUUUAAUACAAGGUGGCUAUUUGUCUUUAACACAUUGCAGAUUCUUUAUUUUAGAUGAAGCUGAUGGUCUAUUGAAACAAGGUUAUACGGAAUUAAUCGAUCGUUUGCACAGACAGAUACCAAAAAUUACAUCAGAUGGAAAAAGAUUGCAGAUGAUUGUUUGUUCUGCAACUCUACAUGCUUUUGAAGUAAAAAAGAUGGCGGAACGUUUGAUGCAUUUUCCAACAUGGGUAGACUUGAAAGGUGAAGAUGCAGUUCCCGAAACAGUGCAUCAUGUUGUUGUAAUAGUAGAUCCACAAAAAGAUAAAUCUUGGCAUAAUUUACGAAAAUGUAUAGAAACUGAUGGUGUCCAUAGUAGAGAUAAUAUAAGACCCGGAAAUAACAAUCCUGAAACACUUUCAGAGGCUGUAAAAAUAUUAAAAGGUGAAUACUGUAUUCGUGCCAUCAAGGAGCAUAAUAUGGACAGAGCCAUUAUAUUCUGCAGAACUAAAUUAGAUUGCGAUAAUUUGGAACGAUAUUUGAAACAAUCUGGUGGAAACCAAUUUUCAUGCGUAUGUUUGCAUGGCGACCGAAAGCCUGCAGAACGUAAAUCUAAUUUAGAGAAAUUCAAAAGACAAGAAGUGAAAUUUUUGAUAUGUACAGAUGUUGCAGCUAGAGGAUUAGAUAUUUCAGGAUUGCCUUUCAUGAUUAACAUAACUCUACCUGAUGAAAAAUCAAACUAUGUACAUCGUAUAGGUAGAGUUGGUAGAGCUGAACGAAUGGGUCUAGCCAUUUCGUUAGUUAGUAAAGUUCCUGAAAAAGUAUGGUAUCACGGUGAAUGGUGUUCUUCUCGUGGACGAAAUUGUUACAAUACUAAUCUUACUGACAAGGGUGGUUGUUGCAUUUGGUACAAUGAACCGAAUUACUUGGCUGAAAUUGAAGAUCAUUUAAAUAUCACAAUUCAACAAGUUGAUCCAGAUAUGAAAGUUCCAAUGAAUGAUUUCGAUGGAAAAGUUAUAUAUGGAGAAAAAAGAGCGACAAUGGGUUCCAAUUAUCAAAAUCAUGUUCAGCAAAUGGCGCCUUAUGUGUCCCAAUUAUCCUCUUUGGAAUCUAAAGCACAAAUUUGGUAUCUAAAAAGACAUUUGGUGAAAACGGCGAAUUAAAAUGAUUUACACAUGAUUAUAUGAGAAACUUACUUACUAUGUUCUAAUUUAAUUUAAUCCUAUCUUCAUAUAUUAUGCUUUAAUAUAUUAUACUAGUGUUUGAAUAGUCUCUUAAUAUUUAUAAAUAUAGUAUACUUCCAAGUGUAAUAUAUAAAUUUGUUACAAUUAAUAUAACAUAUUACUUCACGUA